UUUUUUUUUUUUCCUCCUUUUCUUUUGGCUGAAAACGAAAGAUAGAAAAAUGGCAAAGUGUAACAAAGAACAGAACCUGAAGAAGGCCUUUGGAUGGGCUGCUAGGGAUACUUCUGGGGUUCUCUCUCCUUUCCAUUUCUCAAGAAGAGAAAAUGGAGAAAAAGAUGUUACCUUCAAAGUGUUAUACUGUGGGAUAUGCCACUCGGACCUUCACAUGGUUAAGAAUGAAUGGGGAACGACCACUUACCCUCUUGUCCCUGGGCAUGAGAUUGUUGGUGUAGUAACAGAGGUGGGAAGCGAAGUGAAAAAGUUAAAAGUGGGCGACAAAGUGGGCGUGGGCUGUUUGGUGGGAGCAUGCCACUCCUGCGACAACUGCACUAACAACCUCGAGAAUUAUUGCCCCAAGGUGAUCUUCACCUAUGGCGCCACAUACCACGAUGGCACCCCCACCCAAGGAGGCUAUUCGGACGUGAUGGUGGCAAAUGAGCACUUCAUCAUUCGCAUUCCCGAUAACCUACCACUUGACACUGCAGCCCCUCUCCUGUGCGCUGGGAUCACAGUUUAUAGUCCCUUGAAGUAUUUUGAACUAGAUAAACCUGGCUAUCAUGUUGGCAUAGUUGGCCUAGGUGGUUUAGGCCACCUGGCAGUGAAAUUUGCCAAGGCUAUGGGGAUUAAGGUUACUGUGAUUAGUACUUCUCCUAACAAGAAGAAGGAAGCCAUUGAAAAUCUUGGAGCUGAUUCAUUUUUGGUCAGUCGUGACCAACAUGGAAUGCAGGCUGCCAUUGGCACUAUGGACGGCAUCAUUGACACAGUUUCUGCAGUGCAUCCUCUUGUGCCUUUGAUUAGUCUGUUGAAGUCUCAUGGAAAGUUAAUCAUGGUUGGUGCACCGGCUAAACCACUUGAGCUACCGGCCAUGCCUUUAAUCCUGGGAAGGAAGAUGGUGGUUGGAAGUUGUAUUGGAGGGAUGAAGGAAACUCAGGAGAUGAUUGAUUUUGCUGGCAAGCACAACGUAACAUCUGAGAUUGAAGUUAUCCCAAUGGAUUAUGUGAACACUGCAAUGGCGCGACUUGUCAAGGCAGAUCUCAGAUAUCGAUUCGUCAUCGACGUUGCGAACACAUUGAAGCCUAGCUCUUAAGAAACUUGCUUUGCUUCUGCUUGUUCUAAGGAGAGAAUACUGAAUUUGGAUGAAGGUGCAUUUUCACUAGCUUUAUUAACAUCUUAAAUAAAGGAAUUGUUUUCAUCUUCCGUAACUGCGAAGCAAGCGAGCGAGUUCAUUUGUGGUGUGAAUUAGUUUCUCGUCUCAUGUUUUCCUUUUCUUGAUGUACUUUACGAGAGAGAGAGAAAUUGAUGUUUCUCAUUAAUGGCCCAAGAAGUUGUGGGCCUCUGCUUCUUGGCUGUUACCAGUUGUAGUAUACAUUCAUUCACGUGGGAUGGUCCCAACCAUUCUAAUAUUUAUGUGGACGUUUUUGCCCACAUGUGCAGUUCCAA